GCAGCUGGUCAGGCCCCGCCUGGCCCUGCGACCCCGGAGCGUCCAGGCCAGGUCUCAGAGACAUCGCCCGGCCCUGAGGAGCGAGUGGGUGGACAUGGCUGUGGCAGCCUCUGACCUCCCUCCUGUACGACAUGUGAACCCCUGGUCAUUGAACCAGAGACCCCCGCUUCACACUAGUGAGGCCAACCUCAGGAGCGUUUCAUGGCAUCUCUGUUAAUUUGGGAGUAACCAGAAAUGCAAAUAGCUCCUCAGGAAUCAAGCUAAGCAUAAAGAAGAUCCAAAACACUGGAGACUGUGUCAUGGAGUGCAAGACUGAGGUACAAAAAAAAUACCAACAUAGCUUGAACUUACUGAAUAAAAUUAAGAAAAUGAGAGAAUUAACAGAAAUGACUGAUGUGGUGCUCAUAGCUGAAGAGGAGAAAUUCCCUUGCCACAGGCUGGUCCUGGCUGCAUUUAGUCCUUAUUUCAAAGCUAUGUUCACCUGUGGACUGCUUGAAUGCACUCAGAGGGAAGUCGUACUCUAUGACAUCACAGCAGAGAGCGUGUCAGUGAUAUUAAAUUACAUGUACAGCGCAGCUCUGGAGAUCAACAAUGCUAAUGUGCAGACUGUGGCUAUGGCUGCCUACUUUAUGCAAAUGGAAGAAGUCUUCAGUGUGUGUCAGAAAUACAUGAUGGACCACAUGGAUGCCUCCAACUGUGUAGGAAUCUAUUAUUUUGCAAAGCAGAUUGGAGCCGAGGAUUUAGCCGAUCAAUCAAAAAAGUAUUUAUAUCAGCACUUUGCCGAGGUGAGCUUACAUGAAGAAAUACUAGACGUGGAAGUGCACCAAUUUCUGACACUUAUUAAAUCAGAUGAUCUAAACAUAUCCAGAGAGGAGAGCAUUCUGGACUUGGUCCUGAGAUGGGUAAAUCAUAACCAAGACCUGCGCACAGAGCAUCUGGUUGAGCUUUUGAAGCAAGUCAGAUUGGAACUUAUAAAUCCUUCUUUUUUAAGACAGGCCCUCAGAAGGAAUACAAUGCUGCUGUGUGAUGCAGGCUGCAUUGAUAUCAUUCAGAAUGCGUUCAAAGCCAUCAAGACACCCCAGCAGCACUCUCUGAACCUGCGCUAUGGUAUGGAGACCACCAGCCUUCUGCUCUGCAUUGGCAACAACUCUUCAGGAAUCAGGUCAAGACAUAGAAGUUAUGGGGACGCAAGUUUUUGUUAUGAUCCUGCUUCACAGAAGACCUAUUUCAUCUCGUCUCCCAAGUAUGGGGAGGGUUUAGGGACCGUGUGUACUGGCGUUGUCAUGGAAAAUAACACUAUCAUUGUGGCUGGGGAAGCAAGUGCCUCCAGACUCUCUAGACAAAAGAACAAGAAUGUCGAAAUCUAUAGGUAUCAUGAUAGAGGAAACCAGUUUUGGGAAAAAUUAUGCACAACUGAAUUUCGGGAGCUCUAUGCUCUGGGCAGUGUCCAUAAUGACCUCUAUGUUGUAGGAGGUCAGAUGAAAAGUAAAAACCAGUACCUCGUUACAAACUGUGUCGAUAAGUACUCUGUAGAACGAGACAACUGGAAAAGGGUGUCUCCUCUUCCACUCCCGUUGGCGUGUCAUGCUGUAGUGACAGUGAAAAAUAAACUCUAUGUGAUCGGAGGCUGGACCCCUCAGAUGGAUCUUCCUGAUGAAGAACCUGAUCGAUUAAGCAACAAACUGUUGCAGUAUGACCCCAGCCAAGAUCAAUGGCAAGAGCGAGCACCCAUGCAGUACUCUAAGUACCGAUUCAGCACAGCUGUAGUCAACAGUGAAAUUUAUGUUCUGGUCUUCAGGAGGUCGUCCACAGAGCAGCCUCUGCCACCAGGGAGACAGUAUGAUAAAUGGGGAAGGUACCAGCUUCAGAGUUGAGGACUUUUGGAUUAAAAUUCUGGUUCUACCUCUGGAUAUCCUUGGUUUGUUAAAUCCUUUUUUUUAUUAUUGAUAUUAAAAGUGGAAUGCCUACCAUAGAGUUGUUAAGAUUAAAUAAUGUGGUGCCAGGGAUUUAGCUCAGUGGUGCCGCCACCUGCCUCACAAGCACAAAGUCCCGAGUUUGAUCCCCAGUACCAAAAAGAAAAAAGUUCAAGAUGGAAGAUUAAAUAAUGUGUGUCAAUACCUGCAACAUAAGUGUUCAGAUGUUGUCACUAUUGCUAAUUGAGUCUGUCUAUGUUACAGACAGCUGUAGUUUGGAUCUAGAGUGUAUUCCAAGGUCUCAUGGCUUGGUAGCCAGCUGUGGUGCUUUUGGGAGAUAGUAGAAACAUUAGGAGGUAGAGCCUCUGGAAGGCAGCUACAGCACUGAGAGUGAGCCCUUGGAGUGCCUCUCUCUCUCCCCUUUCUAGCUAUCAUGAGGUAAAUAGACCUCUUCUACCCUGACAUUCUGCCAUGUCACAGAACCAGAGCAACAGUGCCAGCUAUGCAAUGAAGCCUCUAAAUCAUGAGCCAAAAUAAAUCUUUCCUUCUACAUUGAUUAUCUCAGGCAUUUUGUCACAGCAACUGAAAGCUGACUAAAACAGGGACGCUUUGCUGAAAUUCUUGGCAUAACACUUUCUUUUAAUGGCCAUAAAGAUGGACAGAGUUUUAACUCUCUCCUAUAAGGCUAGCUUGAUAUCCAGAAAGAUCCUCCAACUGAAAAUGUGGAUAAAGCAUUUUUUAAAUUUCUAACAUCCACCCCGCCAGUAAGAAUUUAGCUGGCAAAAAGCUAAGUGAAAUCAAGACUUUCAGCUAUGGAGUGAAAAUUUUGACAUCCCCUCCCCAAAAAAGAAGAGAACAGUCAGCCUAGGAUUCUGUAUCCCAUGCAAAUAUUCUUCAAGAAUAGAAAUGAAAUAAAUGCAUUCAAAAGGGGAGGAAAACUAAAAGACUAUAUAGGAGUGGGUCUGCCUUGAAAAAAUUGCUAAAGAAGUUGUU